UGCUGGAAGAAGCGGAAGAAGAUGGCGCUCACCAGCUUUUUACCUGCACCAACUCAGCUUUCUCAGGACCAGCUUGAGGCUGAAGAAAAGGCAAGAUCUCAGCGAUCACGGCAGACCUCACUGGUCUCCUCCAGAAGAGAGCCUCCACCAUACGGGUACCGAAAAGGCUGGAUACCUCGGUUAUUAGAGGAUUUUGGAGAUGGGGGUGCUUUUCCAGAGAUCCAUGUGGCCCAGUACCCACUGGAUAUGGGACGAAAGAAAAAAAUUUCCAAUGCGCUGGCUAUUCAAGUGGACGCUGAAGGAAAAAUUAAAUAUGAUGCAAUUGCUCGACAAGGACAAUCUAAAGACAAGGUCAUCUAUAGUAAGUACACGGAUCUGGUGCCCAAGGAAGUUAUGAAUGCAGAUGACCCAGACCUGCAAAGACCCGAUGAGGAAGCCAUUAAAGAGAUAACAGAAAAGACAAGAGUAGCUUUAGAAAAAUCUGUAUCACAGAAGGUGGCUGCAGCCAUGCCUGUUCGGGCAGCUGAUAAACUGGCUCCUGCUCAGUAUAUCCGAUACACACCAUCUCAACAAGGAGUGGCUUUCAACUCUGGAGCUAAACAGAGGGUGAUUCGGAUGGUGGAAAUGCAGAAAGAUCCAAUGGAACCACCAAGGUUCAAGAUUAAUAAGAAAAUUCCCCGGGGACCACCUUCUCCUCCAGCACCUGUCAUGCACUCUCCUAGCCGAAAGAUGACUGUGAAGGAACAACAAGAGUGGAAGAUUCCUCCUUGUAUUUCAAACUGGAAAAACGCAAAGGGUUAUACAAUCCCACUAGACAAACGUUUGGCUGCUGAUGGAAGAGGACUACAGACAGUUCACAUCAAUGAAAAUUUUGCCAAACUGGCUGAAGCCCUCUACAUUGCUGAUCGGAAGGCUCGUGAAGCUGUGGAAAUGCGUGCCCAAGUAGAGAGAAAGAUGGCUCAAAAAGAAAAGGAGAAACAUGAAGAGAAACUUAGAGAAAUGGCCCAGAAAGCCAGGGAGAGGAGAGCUGGGAUCAAAACCCAUGUGGAAAAAGAGGAUGGAGAGGCUCGUGAAAGGGAUGAAAUUCGGCAUGACAGACGGAAGGAGAGACAGCAUGACCGAAAUCUUUCCAGGGCAGCUCCUGAUAAGAGGUCCAAACUGCAGAGGAAUGAAAACCGAGAUAUCAGUGAAGUCAUUGCUCUUGGUGUGCCCAAUCCUCGGGCUUCCAAUGAAGUUCAGUAUGACCAAAGGCUCUUCAACCAGUCUAAGGGUAUGGACAGUGGCUUUGCAGGUGGAGAAGAUGAGAUUUAUAAUGUUUAUGAUCAAGCCUGGAGAGGUGGCAAAGAUAUGGCCCAGAGUAUUUACAGACCCAGUAAAAACCUGGAUAAGGACAUGUAUGGAGACGACCUAGAAGCCAGAAUAAAGACCAACAGAUUUGUUCCCGAUAAAGAGUUUUCUGGUUCAGACCGACGGCAGAGAGGCCGAGAAGGACCAGUUCAGUUUGAAGAAGAUCCUUUUGGCUUGGACAAGUUUUUGGAAGAAGCCAAACAGCAUGGUGGCUCUAAAAGGCCCUCAGAUAGCAGCCGCCCCAAGGAACAUGAACAUGAAGGCAAGAAGAGGAGGAAGGAGUAGAUGUACCUUUCUUCAUACUGAUGAACUGGGGUCAGAACCUUAAAGAUGCAAGUCAUGUGGGAAAUACUUUGUAAAUGGUCAGGAGACAAACCAAACCUGGGGGCCCGAGCCCAGCACUACUUUUUAUUACAAGAGAAAGAGGGGAUGGAAAAUUCUACUUUGAACUAUUGAGUUUUUUAGAGUGGGUUGUGUUUGCGCUUAUCCCACUUUUAAGCGUUUAUAGAACAUCCUGCCCAGCACACGAAAUUAAGACCACUUCCUUUUGCGUUAGACCAGUAGCUUGGAGUUAAUGCGUUAAGGAAGAAAGACUACUUAUAAACAAAGUCGCCCCAAGCUCAGUGAGUAGGAGGAUGUCGACAACAUACUAGAACUGUUGUACCUAAUGAAUGUUUGCCCCUAUUGUGCUAUUGACAUUUGGAGUGGGGAAAUGAGCUCUUGCUUGGUGCAACUCUUUCAAAUAAAAACAUUUA